GAAAACUACAGAAGAAGAAACAGCACAUAUACAUAAAAGUAUGUCGUAUUCAGCUUUUCCAAAGCUCGUCCAAACUUAAAGACAAAGUGGAAUUACAUUUUGGAUUUUGGGACAACAAAAUAUCAGGAAAAUGCCAACUGUGGUGCCGACCUGUGCACGUGGACCAUGCAAUAGCCGCACAUGGGGAGCAACAGAUGGGCGGCCUUCAGCCAAGCGCCUGGGAGACUUGUGUGAGGGUCGAGCUGCCGUGUGAUGGCUGCAAUCAGGUGUGCAUCUCUACAAAGGCCCCUGCUGCUCUUUUCAAGUAUCGGGGGUUGUUGUGACCUCAGGACAACCGGAGACACAGAACAAGAGUGGCAUCUGUGACAGCGCCACACCAAACCAGUGCACUGUGGCUGUGGUCUCGCAGGAUGAUGCCCACCAUCACUUGGACGUAGGACAGCGUUCCAGUGAAAAAGACCCACGAGAGCAGCUGACCCUUGGAGUAAAGGGCAUGGGCUCAUAGCAGCCAUGGCCAUGUUAUAGCUGCCGAAGACUGUCCCCAACAUCGUCAACACACCCAGGAAGAUGCAAAAUGAAAGGAGCACCGGACAUCCUGAACAUGGGUUGUAACGGGAAGCAAGACCGCCUGAGCUACGGUCGACAUAUGUAUCUGGGACGUGACAUCUUGAAAAGGCCCUGAGCUUCCAAGACUAAAAGAACAUUUAAGUGGAUGAUAACGACCGGCUGCCUGCUAUUUCCGUGAAUCGGGUGAAUUUGGAGAAGUUCAAGCAGUCCACUCACUGGCAGUCUUGAGAUGCUUGUUUGACCAGAUUCCUGGAGUGGUUUGAGAGCCCUGAGAGACUCUGAAGUCAGCAUGGCUCCCAAGGACAUCAUGACCAAUUCCCACGCCAAGUCCAUCCUCAAUGCCAUGAACUCUCUCCGCAAGAGCAACACACUCUGCGAUAUAACUUUAAGGGUGGAAAACACUGAUUUUCCAGCUCACCGAAUUGUCUUAGCUGCCUGCAGUGACUAUUUCUGUGCCAUGUUCACCAGUGAGCUUGCAGAAAAGGGGAAAUCAUUUGUGGACAUUCAGGGGCUCACUGGAUCAACAAUGGAGAUCUUGUUGGACUUUGUGUACACCGAGACGGUGCUAGUUACUGUGGAGAAUGUGCAAGAACUGCUACCUGCAGCGUGCUUGCUUCAGCUCAAAGGGGUGAAAAGAGCAUGUUGUGAUUUUUUGGAGAGCCAGCUGGAUCCGUCAAACUGUCUGGGCAUCCGUGACUUUGCUGAAACUCACAAUUGUCUCGACUUGAUGCAAGCCGCUGAGCUCUUUUCCCAAAAGCAUUUCUCAGAGGUGGUUCAGCAUGAGGAGUUCAUGCUGCUGAGCCAGACGGAAGUAGAAAAGCUCAUAAAAUGCGAUGAAAUCCAGGUGGAUUCUGAGGAGCCUGUAUUUGAAGCCGUGCUAAACUGGGUCAAACACAACCGAAAAGAGAGAGAGCCUUAUUUGCCUGACAUGCUAGAGUUCGUCCGAAUGCCAUUGCUGACCCCCCGCUACAUCACAGAUGUCAUUGAUGCUGAGCCUCUUAUACACUGCAGCCUACCAUGCCGAGACCUUGUCGAUGAAGCAAAGAAAUUCCACCUAAGACCAGAGCUGAGGAGCGAGAUGCAAGGCCCACGCACACAAGCUAGAUUAGGUAGCUGUCUUGACUUUAGCUUUGGUAGCAUCUUGUUUGUCAUCCACACUGCCGUUGACAUCAAAACUCCUUUUUCAGGUGCGAAAGAAGUCCUUUUGGUCAUCGGCGGCUUUGGCAGCCAGCAAUCGCCAAUUGACAUAGUAGAGAAAUAUGAUCCAAAAACUCAAGAGUGGAGCUUUCUUCCAAACAUUGCAAGGAAAAGGCGUUACGUUGCCACAGUGUCUCUCCAUGAUCGAGUGUAUGUGAUUGGAGGUUAUGACGGACGGUCAAGGCUCAGCUCUGUGGAGUGUCUGGACUACACGGCAGACGAAGAUGGUGUUUGGUAUACCGUUGCUACCAUGAAUGUGCGGCGUGGCCUGGCUGGGGCAACGACACUCGGAGACAUGAUAUAUGUUGCCGGAGGAUUUGAUGGUAGCAGACGCCACACAAGCAUGGAACGAUAUGACCCCAAUAUCGACCAGUGGAGCAUGCUGGGAGAUAUGCAGACAGCUAGAGAAGGUGCUGGUUUGGUGGUGGCCAGUGGAUUGAUAUACUGUCUUGGUGGAUAUGACGGACUUAAUAUUCUGAAUUCAGUGGAGCGGUAUGACCCCCACACAGGCCACUGGACAAGUGUCACCCCGAUGGCCACAAAGCGCUCGGGGGCUGGUGUGGCUUUGCUCAAUGACCACAUCUAUGUCGUUGGAGGCUUUGAUGGCGUUUCACACCUCGACUCCGUUGAGGUCUACAACAUCAGGACAGACUAUUGGACCACUGUGGCCAGUAUGACCACGCCUCGGUGCUACGUAGGAGCGACUGUCCUCAGAGGGCGCCUUUAUGCCAUCGCCGGAUACGAUGGGAACUCUCUCCUCAGCAGUAUCGAAUGUUACGACCCUGUUAUUGAUUCCUGGGAGGUGGUUACCUCCAUGGUGACGCAGCGGUGUGACGCAGGAGUCUGUGUCCUCCGGGAAAAGUGACCUCUGCCUGAGAACUAAACCAACCACAAGCGAGCUUGAAGGAUAGGCAGCUAGACUUUGAUACAAUGCCACUUAAAAGGGAGCCAACAAUGGCAGAUGCUGGUUUGUUCAUCAGUGUGCUCAAGGGAACUUGUAAAAACAAACCCCCCUCUCAUUCGUCACACCCUUUGCCACGCAUACUGCUACAGAAAUAAAGCUUGGCUGUGGUUUGACCACCGAAAAGAGCCGAUCAUCAUUUGCAUGACUCUCUUUAGUGGCAAUGUCGAUAUCUGUGAGAUUUUUUUUAAUUUUUUUUUUUUUUUUUGAAUUUGUCUUCCAAGUGCAAUAUAUUUGUACACAUCAGAACAUAUAAACAAUGGAGUUGCUGCUAUGCGCCUUAUGACUCUGGCUACAUCGUGAACAUUCAUGUUGCCUUGUUAAUGGUCCAUUUAUUGCUCGUUUAGCAUUUGCCAGGUAUUUGCGAUUAUCUUUAUAAGAACUGCUUUGAGAAUCUCCGUAAUAAAACGUUUUCAUUCACGUUAGAGAUGAAUAUUGUUUUAAGAUAACUGAAUUAUACCAGUUACGUGAUUUUCUUGAAAACGACAAACAUCUGAGGUGCAUGCCAUUUGUUUCCUGCGCAAGCAUUUCAAUUUAAAUAUGUGACUUCACUCUUUGCUUGGAAAAGUGAAUAAACACAUAAUUGACACUUAUUAUAACAUCUUAAUAUGCCUGAAUGACUGUUUAGCUCAUUUGACAUGUUGCCUGCCAACUCAUUGAUGAUGCUGUUACCGCUAUAGCAUGAAAAUAGCAACAACAAAAAAGAAUCCAGUUAGCAUUUAGGAAUUACAACCAAUUUAUGCUGAAUGCCUCAAUGUAUUCAUGAUUUCUAUGAAAAUAAUUUGCAGUUGGUAACACCCUAAGCGCUAAAUUCUGAGUUUUGAUGCUGGCAAUGCUUUGCUAAGCUUUUCGCUAAUUGUUGCUUGUGACCUUUGGGUCAUCAGCAAGAAAAAAUAUUAACAAAAAAUAGCUUUUAUAGAGAUGAAUUAUAGUUUUACACUCAGAAAAUAAUGUGAAAUAAUUAAAAAUGACAAUUGGAUGUUAAAUAUUGUUGAUGUGGACUUUUGAUUCUAUCCUUCCAUGAAAAUAAAAUGCCAAAAUUUGUAGUUGUUGGGUUUGUUAUGGUUUAAAAAGAUGAUUUGUGCUUUUUGGGGAAACUUUGUGCUU